CCACAAGCUGUGGUCUUUUUUAGUAAAAAAAAAAAUCUUUGUUCUUUCUGGACUGUCUUUGAUGAUUGCUCUGUUGUGAGGGCCUUUUUAAUUUCAUCCAUCCAACAAUUCUGUCACGGACAACAAAACGUUUCUAGUCUUAUCCAACACGGGUACAAAACGUUUCUGGACUCAUCCAAUACUCAGUCCUCAAAGGAAGGGCGGUGGAAACGUUUCCCUCGUUUUAUUUUUUUCUCCAGAGGAUUACAUUUCUUAAAUCGAAGCCACUUUUGGUGAUCAUGGCUGCUCUUUCAGUGUGGUUUUGGAACGAGAGGUUUUGGCUCCCACAUAAUGUGACUUGGGCGGAUCUUGCAGACCCAGCGCCCGGGGUGGAGUAUCCAAAAGCCGGGCACUUACUCUCUGCCUUACCGUUGGCUGUGGGGAUCUUUGCUGUCAGAAUACUAUUUGAAAGGUUCAUAGCCAGUCCAUGUGCCUUCCUCUUGCAUAUCCACGCUGCCUCAGUCCACUGGCGAGCCACACCCAACCCUGUCCUGGAGAAGGUGUUUACAUCCAUCACAAAGUGCCCAGACUCGCGACGCCUGGAUGGGUUAUCUAAGCAGCUGGACUGGGAUGUGAGGAAGAUCCAGAGAUGGUUCAGACACAGACGCAACCAGGACAAACCCAGCAUACUCACCAAGUUCUGUGAGAGCAUGUGGAGGCUUAUAUUUUAUCUGUUCAUGUUUACCUAUGGGAUCUGCUUUCUGUGGAAGUGUCCAUGGAUGUGGGAUACACACCACUGCUGGUACAACUACCCCUACCAGGUCCUGACUCCAGGCCUGUACCACUACUACGUGACUGAGCUGGGCUUCUACUGGUCUCUCAUGUUCUCUCAGUUUACUGACAUCAAACGCAAGGACUUCCCCAUCAUGUUCAUUCAUCACCUAGCAACAGUGAGCCUGAUCAGUUUUUCCUACGCUAACAACAUGCUACGUGUCGGGAGCCUGGUGAUGUGUGUCCACGACGCAUCAGACUUCCUACUGGAGGCAGCCAAACUGACCAACUACGCCAAGUACCAGCGCCUGUGUGACUUCCUGUUCGUUCUGUUUGCAGUAGUCUUCUUCAUCACAAGGCUUGUCCUCUACCCUCUAUGGAUCCUGAACACAACGUUGUUUGAGAGCUGGGAGAUGAUUGGUCCAUACCCUUCCUGGUGGCUCUUCAACUCCCUACUGCUGGUGCUGCAGGUGCUACACGUCAUCUGGUCCUACCUCAUAGCCGGGAUCGCCUACAAGGCCUUGGUCCGAGGAAAGGUUUCUAAGGAUGACCGCAGUGAUGUUGAGAGCAGCUCAGAGGAGGAGGUGGACACCAACGGUACCAAUAACAAGGGGGUUAAAAUGGUGUUCUCUCCUAAAGUAGAGAACGGCACCAACGGCCACGCCGUCGCCACUAUAACCUGGCCACAACAGAUACGUAGCAGCAGCAGCAGCAGCAGUUGGUGACACAAGAAAGAGGAGUCCGCUGUCAGAUUCACAGUAUAGGGCUGACCACUGAGUCCAAUAUGUCUGGCCUGGUUACACUGGGUAGCCACUAGUGAGGUCCUAUAGUGAGAAUCAGGCAUAUCUGAGCCAACACAGUACUGUUCAGGUCGGCCCUAUAGUGAGAAUCAGGCAUAUCUGAGCCAACACAGUACUAUUCAGGUCGGCCCUAUAGUGAGAAUCAGGCAUAUCUGAGCCAACACAGUACUAUUCAGGUCGGCCCUAUAGUGAGAAUCAGGCAUAUCUGAGCCAACACAGUACUAUUCAGGUCGGCCCUAUAGUGAGAAUCAGGCAUAUCUGAGCCAACACAGUACUAUUCAGGUCGGCCCUAUAGUGAGAAUCAGGCAUAUCUGAGCCAACACAGUACUAUUCGGGUCGGCCUUAUAGUGAGAAUGUCUGUGAGACCUUUCCACUACUAGUUCAUCCUAUCCUACUCUACAUCUUGAAGUGCUUUUCUUCUCAUCCAGUUCCCUGGACGUUUGAAGUCUGUUUCUUCAUUCAACUCUGACUCUUAAUUAUACUGUACUGCACUGACAAUGAUCGGUGACUAUGACAACAGACGAUGAAUGAAUAGACAGACACCACCGUGACCCAUAGAAUCAAAACGGAUUACAUUUAACUGAUUAAAAACACUUGUUUAAUUCCCUUGUGUCAAGUCUAUGGGCCUAUAGCUAUUUUAAUUCCAUUGUGUCCAUAGAAUGGGGUCUGACUCUAUUUUAAUUCCAUUGUGUCCAUAGAAUGGGGUCUGACUAUGUUAAUUCCAUUGUGUCCAUAGAAUGGGGUCUGACUAUUUUAAUUCCAUUGUGUCCAUAGAAUGGGGUCUGACUCUAUUUUAAUUCCAUUGUGUCCAUAGAAUGGGGUCUGACUCUAUUUUAAUUCCAUUGUGUCCAUAGAAUGGGGUCUGACUCUAUUAUAAUUCCAUUGUGUCCAUAGAAUGGGGUCUGACUAUGUUAAUUCCAUUGUGUCCAUAGAAUGGGGUCUGACUAUUUUAAUUCCAUUGUGUCCAUAGAAUGGGGUCUGACUCUAUUUUAAUUCCAUUGUGUCCAUAGAAUGGGGUCUGACUCUAUUUUAAUUCCAUUGUGUCCAUAGAAUGGGGUCUGACUAUGUUAAUUCCAUUGUGUCCAUUGAAUGGGGUCUGACUAUUUUAAUUCCACUGUGUCCAUAGAAUGGGGUCUGACUCUAUUUUAAUUCCAUUGUGUCCAUAGAAUGGGGUCUGACUCUAUUUUAAUUCCAUUGUGUCCAUAGAAUGGGGUCUGACUAUGUUAAUUCCAUUGUGUCCAUAGAAUGGGGUCUGACUAUUUUAAUUCCAUUGUGUCCAUAGAAUGGGGUCUGACUCUAUUUGAAUUCCAUUGUGUCCAUAGAAUGGGGUCUGACUCUAUUUUAAUUCCAUUGUGUCCAUAGAAUGGGGUCUGACUCUAUUUUAAUUCCAUUGUGUCCAUAGAAUGGGGUCUGACUAUGUUAAUUCCAUUGUGUCCAUAGAAUGGGGUCUGACUAUUUUAAUUCCAUUGUGUCCAUAGAAUGGGGUCUGACUCUAUUUUAAUUCCAUUGUGUCCAUAGAAUGGGGUCUGACUCUAUUUUAAUUCCAUUGUGUCCAUAGAAUGGGGUCUGACUCUAUUUAAAUUCCAUUGUGUCCAUAGAAUGGGGUCUGACUCUAUUUUAAUUCCAUUGUGUCCAUAGAAUGGGGUCUGACUCUAUUUUCAUUCCAUUGUGUCCAUAGAAUGGGGUCUGACUCUAUUUUCAUUCCAUUGUGUCCAUAGAAUGGGGUCUGACUCUAUUUUCAUUCCAUUGUGUCCAUAGAAUGGGGUCUGACUCUAUUUUAAUUCCAUUGUGUCCAUAGAAUGGGGUCUGACUCUAUUUUAAUUCCAUUGUGUCCAUAGAAUGGGGUCUGACUCUAUUUUAAUUCCAUUGUCUCCAUAGAAUGGGGUCUGACUCUAUUUUCAUUCCAUUGUGUCCAUAGAAUGGGGUCUGACUCUAUUUUCAUUCCAUUGUGUCCAUAGAAUGGGGUCUGACUCUAUUUUCAUUCCAUUGUGUCCAUAGAAUGGGGUCUGACUCUAUUUUCAUUCCAUUGUGUCCAUAGAAUGGGGUCUGACUCUAUUUUCAUUCCAUUGUGUCCAUAGAAUGGGGUCUGACUCUAUUUUCAUUCCAUUGUGUCCAUAGAAUGGGGUCUGACUGUUUCAAUUUUUAUUCCACUUUUUAAUGUAAUGCAGCAGUUUGUUGGGGAGGAUGUUCUCUCCCUGUUUUGUCAGUUGAACUAAAGUUUAAAUAUAUAUAUUUUUUAAAGAAAUAAACAAAUACAUGUUUGUGAAAGAUGUGUUUUUAUUCAUA